UGAUGGACGUCUGAAACUGACGUUGAGUCAGCUUCAAGAAGUCCACUAUAUGUAAACAUGGUUAAACACAGAUGAAAACAGCGUCAAAAUGGUCUUUGAAAGUGUGGUCGUUGACGUCCUCAACCGUUUUUUAGGGGACUACGUUGUGAACCUUGACAGCUCGCAGCUGAAGCUUGGCAUAUGGGGAGGUGAUGCUGUGCUGAAAAAUCUUGAAAUAAAGGAAAAUGCCUUGAGUCAGCUUGAUCUCCCUUUUAAAGUGAGAGCUGGUCACAUAGGACGUCUCGAGUUAAAAAUUCCCUGGACGGACAUCUACAACCAGUCAGUGGAGGCCACGCUAGACGGAGUCUAUCUGCUAAUCGUGCCCACAGCAAGUAUAAAGUAUGAUGCAGAAAAGGAGGAGAAGCAGCUACAGGAGGCUCGUCAGAGGGAGCUCGAUCGAAUAGAGGAGACAAAACUCAAGGCUGCAGAACAAGAGAACACAAAGCUAGAGAAGCAGGACACCUUUGUGGAAAAGCUUGUCACACAAGUGAUCAAAAACCUACAGGUCAAGAUCUCCAACAUCCAUGUUCGCUAUGAGGAUGAUAUCACUAAUCCAAACUGCCCUUUGUCAUUUGGAGUGUCGCUUAAAAACCUCAGCCUUCAAACAGCUGAUAAUCACUGGAAACCCAGUUUGCUAGAUGAACACUCCAAGCUUUUCUUCAAGUUGGUUCAGUUGAACAACUUGUUUGCCUACUGGAAUGUCAACUCGGUUCUCUUCUCCAAUCACAGUCCAAAUGAGGCCCUGCGAUGUCUGCAGAACAGCAUGGAGAUCAAACCCUCUGUUCCUGUCAGCCAUGACUUCAUCUUUCGUCCUAUAUCUGCAAAUGCAAAACUGCGAAUGAAUCCAAGAUCAGACGUGGAUUUCUCUUCUCCUAAAGUGGACCUGAUGGUCAACCUCAGCGAAGUGGCUAUUGAACUCAACAAGCCUCAGUACAUUAGCAUUUUGGAGCUGCUGGGCUCAGUGGAUAUGAUGUCACGAAAUCUGCCAUACAGGAAGUACAGACCCGAGGUCCACGUUCACAGAAAUGCUCACAUAUGGUGGAAAUAUGUGAUCACAGGCAUCUUGGAGGUGGAUGUGAAGCCUCAUCUCCACAUGUGGUCCUGGCAACACAUCCGGUGCCACCGGGAAACAGUGAAGUGUUACAGAGAGCUCUACAAGAAGAAGAUCACCAGCAAAAAGCCCAGUGUGGAGCUGCUCGAAAAGCUGCAGGCUACACAGAAAUCUUUAGAUAUUUUCAACAUCACAUUGGCGAGACAACAAGCUGAAGUGGAGGCGAGCAAAGCAGGACUGCGCAUUUAUCGUCCAGGGAAACAGAUGGAGGAGGAGGAGUCUCAGGGUUGGUUUAGCUGGAUGUGGAAUUGGGGAGGAGAAGCUGAGGCACAGACCAAGGAGGUCAAGACUGGAACAUUUGAUGGGUUGUUUACUGUGGAUGAGAAAGCCAAACUUUACACUGCCAUCGGAUACAGUGAAACUGCAGCAAACCCCAACCUGCCAAAGAACUUUGAGGACAUGAAGGUCAAUUUCCACAUGGAAAAACUGUCUGUGUCCAUCAAAGACGAGAAGGACAAAAACGAAAUCAUCAAACUGACUGUGGGGGAGCUCAAGUCCACACUCACACAGAGACCCGGAGCACAAGCCAUUAAAGUCACAGCCCAGCUUAGUUUGUUUGAGGUCACUGGUCUGGCCGCUAAGCGUCCGGCACCGACCCUCCUUUCAUCAAGAAAGGCGGCCACAGGAGCAGGAACCCCGCUGCUUUGCUUCCUGUUUGAGACCAACCCGCUGGAUGACAGCGCCAACCAGAGGCUCCAUGUUGAGUCACAACCACUGGAGAUCAUCUAUGAUGCAAUAACGGUGAACAACAUGUCAGAGUUCUUCAGGCCUCCAGAUGACCUGCAGCUGGAUGAGCUCACCAACGCCACCCUGAUGAAACUGGAGCAGUUCAGAGACCGCACUGCCACUGGUUUACUGUACGUGAUCGAAACUCAGAAAGUUCUCGACCUGAAGGUGAACUUGAUGGCCUCCUACGUCAUCAUUCCACAGACCGGCUUUUACGAAGGAACCCAGAACAUUAUGCUUUUGGAUCUUGGUCAUUUCAGGAUGUCCAGUUUGAGCAAGAAGGAUCUGCCGCAGCUGUCAGUGGGUUCCAGCAAAAUUGAAGACAUCAUGUCCAGAGCGUACGACCACUUCGAUGUUCAGCUCAGCAGCCUGCAGCUGCUUUACAGCAAACCAGAUGGUGACUGGAAAAUAGCUCGCAAACAGAAACGGUCUCCACUCCACAUUCUGGAGCCUGUGGAUAUGAAAGUGGUUGUCAGCAGAGCCAUGGUUGUGACCGACACACGUAUGGCAAAGUAUAAAAUGUCUGGUGAACUCCCGCUGUUGUCGCUUCGAAUUUCUGACAACAAACUCCGAAGUGUUCUGGAGCUGGUGGACAGCAUCCCACUGCCUGAGAGCAGACCUGCAGCCCGCAGCACCGCUUCAUCUACAAGGCCGAAGCAGUCGUUCACUCCUCAGCUCGCUGCGAGAAAACACCUGAGUUUAGUCGACCAGCGUUCCUCGAUCAUUUUUGAGUCUUGUGAGACCAUCAGCAUCGCCUCUCUGGGGUCACAGGAAGAUUUGUUCUAUGACGCCCCCAGCUCUCCGAUUGGAGACAAGGCGUUCUUCCCGGACAAUCCCAUGCCGCUGCGCUACGCCGAUUUAAGCAAAAGAACGAAUCUCAUCAAAGAAGAUCCUCAGAAGAACAUGACUGACUUCAUUAUGAGAUUCGAGAUCAAUGAGUUGUCUGUUCAGCUCUGUCGUCUGUCUGGAGCUCAGGAGAUCGUCGUUCUCCAACUGGACAUUGAGGGUCUGGGCACUGAGCUGACGCUGCGCACCUUCGACAUGAUGUCAAACACCUUCCUGCGCGAGAUCUGCCUGAAGUGUCCCGAAUACAUGGAUUCUGAAGAUAAGCAAGUCCAGCUGAUCACCACCUUAGACAACUCAGAAGUUGACCUUCUCACCUUGGAGUAUAUCAAAGCGGAUAAAAAUGGUCCUGAGUUUAAGUCUCAGCAUAACAACACAGAGCAACUCAUUAAGGUGACGUUUUCGUCUUUGGACGUUCAUCUGCACACGGAGGCUCUCCUCAACACCAUGAGCUUCCUCGGUAACCUCCUUCCUCCAUCCAGUAAGAAGGAAGGAGGGCCAGAGGAGCUGCCCACCAUCCCAGAGGAAGAGGAGGCUGAGGCAGGGAAAGAGGAGGAGAAGAAGGGGGAAACAGCUGUAACCAAGAAAAGAACCUCUAGAAGCUCAAAGUUUGCAGACGUGGUGAAUCUUCGCGUGAGAGCCGAUCUGCGCUGCUUGAAGGUGUUCAUUCGGGGACAGAAAGCUCGGAUAUCAGAGAUAAGUAUUGAAGGUCUGGUUACUGAUGUCAUGAUGAGGAAGAAGAACAUGGAGAUCCUAGCCAACCUAAAGAGCAUUGUGAUCCUGGACUGCAACAAGGAUGCCUUGUACAAGAAGGCUGUCUCUAUUGCAGAUAAGCAAGUUUUUGCCUUCAGGAUGUUGAACCACACAGGGGCAACAGAAGGAGACGCCUACCUCGACAUGUCCAAAGUUGACACGUCUGUCACACUGGAAGUCGGCUGCAUUGAGGUCAUUUUCCUCAACAAGUUUGUCUCCUCCAUUCUGGUAUUCAUUAAUAAUUUCCAGGAGGCGAAAGAAGCCCUCGCUGAGGUGACGGUUCAGGCUGCAGAAAAGGCAGCCUCUGGUGUGAAGGGGCUGGCAGAGAGAAGCACUCGAAUCGCUCUCGACGUCCACUUCAACGCGCCUGUGAUUUUCCUCCCCCAGUCUUCCUCCUCUUCAAACGUCAUCGUUGCCGAUCUUGGCUUCUUGUCCGUAAAUAACCGCUUCAUCAAGCAGCCGUUUAAGGGCGACGCUGCAAUCCCGCCGGUUGUGGAUAAAAUGACCGUGAAACUGACUGACCUCAAGAUGUACAGAACCACUUAUAAAAAUGGGAAAUUCGAAGGCGAGACUCAGCUGCUGAAGCCGGUCAGCCUGGACCUGGAAAUCCAACGAAAUCUUUCGGCCAAUUGGUACCACAGCAUCCCUGAUGUAGAGAUCACUGCUCAUCUAAAGCCUAUGAGUCUGAUCCUCUGCCAGGAUGACAUGAUUGUUGUCCUGAGGACUUUGAGCGAGAAUCUGUCAGAGAAGUCCGAAGCUGUUCAGCCUCCAGCUGUUCUGCCCACGCCGGACCACUCCUCUGAUUCUGUGUCCAACAAAGAGUCCCAGGGCUCAGGAACCACCGGACCUACCAGCUCAGGCAACACGGUGGUGAUAGCUGCUGUGGUCGAGACCCAGAAACACAGCAAGCUCAAGACGACGCUCAAGCUGAGCUUCAAGUUCGACUCCAUGACGCUGGUUCUGUUCACCCCUAAUGAGAAUGUGAUACAACACUUAGACUGCCAUGAUGAACAGCUGAAGUUGGCAGAGUUUACUCUGGGUACCAUCUCCACUUCUGUCCACAUGUUCUCUGACAGCUCCAUGAAGGCAUCGGUUCGACUCUCUACGUGCCUCCUAGAUGACAAGAGACCAAGAAUCAAGAUGGUUACCUCAAGGAUGAUGGAACUGCGGCCCGGUGCCGAGCAGAACAUGAUGGUGGAGGUGAACUACCGACAGGGGCUUGAUGGUACCAACAUAGACACAAUGGUACAGAAUGUGUACCUGUGUGCCAGCAUGGAGUUCCUGCUCACAGUGGCGGAUAUUUUUCUCAAAGCCACCAAGCAGGGUUUUGCUCAGGGGCCACAAGCCAAAAGCAGUACUGGUGGUGGAGAAAAGAAGAACAUUAAUUCCUCCGUCACGUCGAAAGACUCGGCUGCAGGUCCGGUGUCAAAGAUGGAGAUGACCGUUGUCGUGCGCAACCCAGAGAUCGUGUUUGUUGCCGACCUGACGCGCGCCGACGCCCCCGCCCUGGUGAUGACCACAUAUUGUGAAGUGUUGAUGAUAAGUGGAGCAGAGUCAACAAUGACCGCCUCCAUCAAAGAUCUAAAGGUUGUGGCAUGCCCCUUCUUAAGAGAGAUUAGGAAGAACAAUCUGACCACCGUCCUCCAGCCGUGUCAGGUUCACUAUCGGAGUUCUCAGCCUGCAGCAGGUCCUCAGGCUAUGGAAGUUGAGAUUAAUGCUCUCUCUCUAAAGGUAUCUCCUGUCAUCAUCAACACUGUGAUCACCAUCCAGUCAGCGCUGACGCCGCAGGCUGAGACUCCUGAGGAGCAGGAGAGUCCCGUUCCCGUGAACCUGUGGGAGAAACGACACUGGAAGGAGCUCAAGCUUUGGUUCUUGGAAGAGGAGGGGGAUGAAGACACAAAGUCUCUAACGCCACUCAUUCCACAGGGAGAGUCCUUAAAGUUGACCAUAGGUUCAAUCUGUGUGACUCUGGAAGCUGGAGUGGGACACCUCACCAUCCCAAUGCUUCUCGCCAAGUCCUCCUUUCACGGAGAUGUGAAAAACUGGUCCACACUCAUUAACCUCCACAGCAAGCUCACCCUGGAGGUUCACUAUUACAAUGAGAUGCUCGGCGUCUGGGAGCCGCUGUUGGAGCCCUUGGAGGAUGAGACAAACGAACGCUUCAAAUCUUGGACUCUAAACCUGAAGAUGAAGAAGAAGCCAGUGAAUAGCCCUACUUUGUCAGAUGAAGUGGAUUACAACAUUCCAGACUAUAGGACAGUAACUACCAUCAGCAGUAAAGACCAGCUUAACAUCACGCUCUCCAAGUGUGGACUCACCAUGCUGAACAACCUGGGCACAGCCUUUGCAGAAGCUGCCAAGCAGACUGCAGAGUGUUUUCAAAAGGAUGAAGCUCCCUUUGUGGUGAAAAACAGGCUGGGUCUUUCUGUGUCUGUGCGGCACAGUCAGAUGUUUUCCCCCGUCGGCAAGCAGAGCAAUGGACACACUGUGAACCUGCAGGAUGGCGAAAGCCUUGGGAUGGACUACUCAGUCACGACACAGUCGGAUCAGUUCUCAGCUAUGACCUCGCUGAGUGAAAAAGACUACUACAUAGAGCCUACUCCAGAGGGCCACACUUCCACCAGUGUGAUCCCUCUGAUCAAAGUGGGGCGGGGUAUGUACAGUGUCAGGCACAACAACUCAGGAGUCACUCGGUUCCUCAUCUGUCAGAUUUCCUCUGUGGAGGGCAGCAAAUACAUCAAGAUCCGCUCUCCGUUUCAGAUUAUCAAUCAUUUCACGAUACCAUUCAACAUUUUUGAGGGAUCGACAUGUCUGGGAAUAGCUUCUCCGACUGAGGAGUUCUGUGUACCACUGGAUUCAUACAGGUCUGAGCUGAGCCUGCAGCCGAUAACAGAGGAAACCACCGAGGAAGACGGAAAACAGUUUGACGUGUCAGAGGGCUUCAGCUACGAGGACUUCUUAUACCAUAAUCCAGAUACUCGCCUGCAGCGGACGUGCCGUUGUCGUGGAGAUGAUUCUGGCGUCAUGAUGACGAUCAACAUGGUGCCAGUGAAAGACACAGUGACGUGCAAGGAGACGGGAGAUAUCGGAGAAAACUGUGACAUUGCCUUUGUGCUUCACCUCUGGCCCUCUGUCCUGCUCCGCAAUCUGCUGCCUUACCCCGUUGCCUACAAAUUAAAGGGGAGCAAGGACAGUGACCCUGAAGUUACGCUGGGUCCAGGCCACUCCGCUCAGCUUCACACUGCGGUCAUCAACCAGUCAAGUCUUGAUCUCCGGCUUCUGGAUUAUUUGGCUCAGGACUGGUCCUCUGAAUACAGACUCCAGAGUGAGCAGGAGGAAAUCACCUUCAUUGUGUUCCAGUCUCUACGCGUCAAUGAGGAAGACGUAGGAGAUGGGUUUGAAAGGAAGAAGCCUGAAUUGGAUAUUGCGGUGCAUGUUCAGUACGACCCUGGUCAGACUGUUGUUGCCAUCCACUCUCCAUACUGGAUGGUGAAUAAAACAGGGAGGUUGCUGCAGUACAAGGCUGAUGAUAUUCACCGUAAACACCCUUUAGACUACGACAUGCCGCUUCUCUUCUCCUUCAAGCCUCGCAAUUUUCUGAGAAACAAUAAGGUUCGCCUCAUGAUCUCAGACAGUGAGCUGUCAGACGAUUUCUCUCUCGACACAGUUGGUAGCCAUGGCGAUGUGAAAUGUAAAGGCAGAUACAAAGACUAUCUGGUUGGAGUGAAGAUUGAUGCAAGCAGUUUCAGUCUGACCCGCAUCGUGACCUUUGUACCGUUUUACAUGCUGGUCAACAGUACCAAGCACAGGGUCUUCGUCUGCGAGGAGGGCCUGGAAAACUGGACUCAAGCAGAGCCAGAACAGUCAGGUAUUCCUUUCUGGCCCGAGAACGACACCAAGCGUCUGAAGAUCAAAUUAGAAGGAUGUUUAGCGCCUCCCCAGACGAUUAACUUCACCAAACGAGAGAACUGCUUGUUGCUGCAUCUGGACAACUCUGUGGGCGGCAUCAUCGUCGAUGUAAACCUGUCCGAUCACUCGGCCACCAUUCGAUUCUCUGAGUACCAUGAUGGGGCGGCCCCGUUCCUCCUCAUCAACCAUACAAACGAAUGUCUUCAGUUCAGACAGAGCACCCGGAAAGAGGCCCCGUGGGUGGCUGACGAGCUGCUUGACCUUUCCUUCUCAGGGGAGGAGGACAGCUCUCUGAAGGAGUUGGAGUGGGAGAAUCUAGACGCUGGAAAAGCUGUGUAUUACACCUGGACUGAGCCCACCGGGUCCAGAGAGCUGAGCUGGAAACAUGGACGGAACCAAGGAGAGCUCAAGGUGGAGAAGGUACUGAACCUGAGAUUAAAUCUGUAUCUAAGAAAUGAGGGGAAAUAUUUAAUUCGCCUUGUAGGUUUUUCUAUUUAACUUAAUCUGUUUGUU